AUACGUCCCUCCAAUCACGGUAUAUAUACACACACACAUGCAUACAUGCGCACACAAUCGCAGCACCCAAUGUGAAUACGUGUAAUCUACGUGGUAUCAGUCAGUAUCUGGCGGCCAGCGGUUCGUGUUGGUUUGUGCAUCAAUACCGGUUAGGGAGCAACUCUGCCAAAGAUGAUUUUCAAAAAUCGCCACGGUUGAAAUUAUCAGCCAAGAAAAGCCAACCAGUCGUUGCGCAAUGGGUGGGAUAAAUUGGAACGAAUUGUUCCCGGGAAGAUGGAGUCCUGUCAUUUUCAUCUCUUAUAUGGCUCUCUUUGUAAAUCAAGGUAUUCUCGUGACAUGGUCUCAAAGAAGUGGCCGCUAUGAGUACAAUAUUGUAGCAGUAGUAUUGUUGACAGAGGUCUUGAAAUUAGUCAUAUCUAUAAUAUUAUAUUGUAAAGACAAUAGCAUGUUUACUCUACUUAAGGAAAUAAUGACAAAUAAAAAAGUACUUCUACUGUAUAUGAUCCCUUCGCUGUUAUACUGUCUCUACAACAAUCUAGCGUUUGUUAGCUUGGCUAGAUUCGAUCCCACGACUUACUAUGUUUUGCUGCAACUUCGCGUUGUAUUCACGGGAAUCGUUUUUCAGGUCAUUUUUAAUAAAAAGUUAUCGGCGAUACAAUGGUUUUCUUUAGUGUUCUUGACAGUCGGUUGUAUGGUGAAACACUUCGAUAUCAGUGUUCUUAACACUGAAUUCCAUGUAGAUAGUUCUCUACUUUUAAUCCUUAUACAGAUAAUAUGCUCUUGUUUAGCUGGUGUAUAUAACGAGUAUUUACUCAAACGGCAAGGUGCGAAUAUCAACAUAUUUGUACAAAAUGUAUUUAUGUAUGUCGACAGUAUUUUUUGCAACAUCGUAGCAAUUGUUGCAUUGAGUAUAUUCAAAAACUGUUUUAAUAAUAUAUUCAGUAAUGUUGACAUCAGCGCUUUUGUGCAACCAGCAGUAGUAUUAAUUAUGUUAAAUAAUGCAUUCGUUGGUAUAAUAACGAGUUUUUUUUUGAAGAAUUUAAAUUCCAUUCUGAAGACCUUUGCCAGCGCGAUGGAAUUGAUGUUUACAGCAUUACUCUGCUGGCUAUUAUUUAAUAUACCUAUUAAUACAAACACUGUGAUUUCUAUUCUUAUGGUGAGUUUUGCUGUCGUACUGUAUUCGAGAAAUCCAGUACAAAAUACUCAACCAAAAAAAACAGAAAGCGAAAUCCUUUUAGUAUAAAGAACUUCAGUAUUAAAUAUGUUUGAUAGCCAAAAAACCUUAAUUAAAUAAAGUUAUAAAUGCUAGAAUAGAUCAUAUUACUAUUGAUACUAAGCUACUAUAAAUGCGAUAAGUGCAACACAACGAUACAAAUCUCAAAUGAUUCAAUAAUUAUAUAAUAAGUUAACAUUAACUUAAGACAGUGACUGAAUGUUGACUGAAUAAAAAGUAUUGUAAUUUCCUUUUAGAGUAUAAAUCAAUAUAAAAUUGUAUAUAUAAGCAGAUUAAGGCACGCAAAAUUUUGUUAAUAUUUAUGACUUUUGAGAUAUUUAUAUGAUUUGAUAAAUCGAAUGAUUAAUAAUGAAAUUCAGAAGUGUCAUUAUAUUUUUAUA